AUGCUCGCACACUCCUCGACCAUACUCGGCGCUUAUCAGUUUUCAGGCUUCAAGCUAGGAGAGCAGAAACGGUUGGAAUUGGCCAAUCUUGAUAAAGAGGACGAAUCUCUUGCCAAAUGGAAGGCAUCUCUUGGCAUUGGCCCCGGAGGAAGUGCGAUGGUUGCCCCUACUGGUCCGAAGAUUACAGUGAUCAACCUGACUCUGACGUCGGGUGAUCCCUCACUUCCACAACCUAUCGUCCUCGACCCUCAGAACCCCCAGCCCAUCAAGAUCAAGGAGGGUGCUCAUUAUAGUGUCAAUAUUCACUUCAGGGUAAACCAUGGCAUCGUUUCUGGUCUUCGCUAUCUCCACAUCGUCAAGCGCGUAGGAGUGGUGGUUGAUAAGAUGGAGCAGAUGCUGGGAUCAUAUGCUCCUUCUCCUGAUGGUAAUGCCUACUCAAAGACGUUCCCUGAAGAAGAAGCGCCAUCUGGGAUGCUCGCUCGGGGUAAAUACACCGUUAGGAGUCGCGUUAUGGAUGACGAUGGAAAGGUUCCAUAUGUGGUAUAA